AUGGCUGUUACUCGUAUGUUUCAGUUGGGAACUUUUAUCAGUGUAUUAGAAGCUGGCGUACUUGGCCUCUGUACAGAAGCAUUUUCAGCAGCUGCUGUCAGCUGCAGUUACAGCACAGUGGACCUCGUUCCGCUUGCUGUUGAUGCAGUAACCGCGAAAUUUAGAACAGGAAUCGUUGUGACUGAGAUCGCGCAGAGUCUUGCAACAUGCGUCAACGACGAACAGAGUUAG